GCGGCUCACUCACAGGAAACCGCACAGUUAUAAUUUCAUUCAGCAAAGAGUCCGAGUGUGUUUUGACUGGACGUAUUUUAUUAAAGUUUUUUUGUUGUUUUUUUUUUUUUUUUUUACAAAACAACAGGUUUGUGUUAUUGUAUUUUAUUUUUUAACUACUUUAUUUGUUGUCCUCCCCUGCACCGCCCAGUCAGGCUGACCUGGUGCUCUGGACUCAAUAAGCCCCUCGGAGGAGCGCACAUCACAAGAGGUUCAUCAUGUCCGGGGAAGAAGAGGCUCCAACUCAGCAGCAGCAUCAACAACCUGGGCAGGAGAGGACGCCCGACGAGCCUCCUCCGUCUCCUCCAGCUGCAGCCCCCAGCAGCAGCAGCAGCAGCCCCGCGGCCGAGGAGGAGCCGCUCUCCUGCCGCGCCCUGGUGCUGACGGGCUACGGCGGAUACGACAAAGUCAAGCUGCAGGUGAAGACGCAGCGCAGAGCGCGGCUGCAGGCCGGAGAGGUGCUGGUGCGCGUCAAGGCGUGCGGCCUCAACUUCGCCGAGCUGAUGGGCAGACAGGGCCUGUACGAGCCGCUGCCCGCCCCGCCGGUCACGAUGGGCAUGGAGGGCUCCGGGGUCGUCGAGGCGGUCGGGGAGGAUGUGGAGGACAGGAGAGUGGGAGAUCGUGUGAUCGCGAUGAGCCGCUUCGGCAUGUUUCAGGAGGUGGUUGUCGUGCCCGCUGACCGCACCUUCCCCAUGCCCGAGCAGAUGAGCUUCGAGGAAGGCGCCGCUAUUCCCAUCAACUACCUGACCGCCUACAUGAUGCUGUUUGAGAUGGCCAACGUGAGGCCGGGCAAGAGCGUUCUUGUACACAUGGCCGCAGGCGGUGUGGGUAUCGCUGCCACCCAGCUGUGUCAGACGGUGCCGGACGUGACCGUUUUUGGCACGGCAUCAGCCUCCAAACACGAGACCAUUGCCCAAGGCGGGGUAACUCACCCCAUCGACUACCGCACCAAAGACUACGUGGAGGAAAUCCGCAAAAUCAGCCCUAAGGGUGUGGACAUCGUCCUUGACCCACUUGGUGGCUCAGACACCCAGAAAGGCUUUAAUUUGUUAAAACCAUUGGGGACCCUUAUAGUCUUUGGUGCAGCCAAUUGUGUGACAGGCCAGAAGAAGAGCCUGCUCGCCAUGAUGAAGACCUGGUACAACCAGCUCUCCCUCAACACCAUGAAACUGAUGCAGACCAACAAGGCCGUCUGUGGCUUCCACCUGGGCUACAUGGCCGAAGAUCAGCUCAUCGACAGGGCCAUGCGGGAGCUGCUGGAGCUCUACAGGCAGGGAAAGAUCAAGCCCCGCAUCGACUCCUGCUAUCACUUUGAGGAGGUGGCCGAUGCCAUGAGACGCAUGCACGAUCGCCAUAAUAUCGGGAAAGUCAUCCUUCUUCCUGAACCCAAGAAGCCGGGAGAAAAUGUGGAAAAAACCGAAGCAGCGGACAACAAGACGAAAGAGGAGGCCGCCACAGAGGAAGUUAAAGCAGAGAAGGAUUGAGUAAGAGUGUUUAUCUGAAUGGUAUUUUUAAACACUUCCCCCAUGAGUUCCCCCAUUGUUUGAUUGUCAAAAAAAAGAAAAGAGAAGAUAAGCAAGAUGGCAUGAAGUCUUUUGUCAGUAUUUUAACAUGUUUAUAACGUUUUGUUGUGCAAUAUGUCUAUAGUGUGGUGUCUCAUGUUGGAAACAACAAGUGUUGAAGGUGACAUGCCGCAGCUCUGACACGUAAUGACGACAAAAACGUCUUGAACAAAAAAACGUGAACAGCUCAAUUUACACCAAUAUUAUAUAUUCUUAAUUAUAUUGUAGAAUUCAGAGGGAAAGUUCAUUUAAGUAAUCAUUAAUUGUUUAGUUAGUUAUAGAAGGACAGAGUAAUCAUUACCAGUAAGAGCUACGAGUGGAAGGCAGAAUCCGGCCUAUUUCUGUCUUUCCAAAACGACUUAAUGAACCGUCAAGUUUUAUUGAGAUUUAUUCCAAUUUCAAUAACAUAGAGAAGAGUCACAAUAAUGUGAAACUUUAAUUGUAUUCUUGCUGAAUCCAUCAAUGUUUUGUUUUUUUCCUCCAACCUCUGCAGGAUUUCCGUAGAGUGUCGGUAUUCAUAGUAGAAUGAAUGAAAUCAAAAUUACUUGAUUCCUAAAAUUGUGACUCGUGAUGUAAGGCAACAAAAAUGUUCUCUCUGCAGCACCGGCUCUGGUUCUGUCUUCAUAAAAUAAGUUGGGGGGGAAAAAGGCUGCACAAAAAAACAAAAAAAACAUUUCCAGUUCUCUGGGUUUUUUGUUUUGUUUUGUUUUUCUUUCAUAAAUCCGUCCAGGUAAUUUGAAUGUCAUCAGAAUACAUUACUGAGCUUUGGUAAUUUCUUGGAUCUUGCAUGUUAUAGAUUAUUGAUUUGAUGAAGUAAUUAGUUACUUUAACAGAUCCUGUUUUGUCAUUUGCCCACCAAAGCGUGUUGUAUCAGUUAACGUCGGUGUAGAACUUGUAAGAAAUAGCUGUAGUGAUCUACUAGUCUAGAUAAAACAGAUUGAGAUUUAUUACUGAAAUGUCUGUAAUGAUGAGUGAGCCUGUUCUUCUCUUUGAUUAGUAUGUAGACAAUAGUCUGUGUAGGGAUUACAUGCCCAGGUCAGUAUCUUAUUGUGCUUGAAUUAUUUGUGCCCAAUUUUUUUUAAGCCUUUCCUCAAGUCAACUGUGAACAACAUUUGGCGGAACUUCCCCGCCUUGAAUCACUCCUGGGCUUUCCUCGAAACAAUGUCACGCUGAUCUUGAGCUAAAACUCUUUGGCAAACCACAUGAACAGCGGGGUCUUGCACCCCCACGAUUUUUAUCCCUGGCGUCCACAAAAUGAAAGUGAAUAGUGCCAAGUUUACAGAAUUACGGCACAAGAUGUGUUAAUCGGCGGUUCCUCUAUAUACAGGGAGUAGGUUAAAAGGUUAUGAAGGACAACUGGUAUCAUUCUCUGCUUUAAAUCAUCAACUUGUCCUUAUCAUGCUCCUGUUGUUGUGCACUUAGUUUGCUCAAGCUGUAGGGGUUGAUUAUUAAGCUUCUUCUUUUUCAUAGUGGAGAUUUGGGUCAGUAUUCUAAAUGUAUUGUCCAGCUGUGGGUGUAAUUCAAUGCUGUGACUCAGAAGACGAAGCACAAGAAAGAGCUCCCCCCCUCCAUCCACGCAAGACCAUCUCCUCACAUUCCUCUCUCAGUCCUGCUUUCUUGUCUCUCAUUCUCUCUCUCUCUCUCUCUCUCUGUCUCUCUCUCUCUGAUCUAUCUCCCUCUGCAGCACACAGUGUUUUGAUUUCCUAAGAGUGCUUAUAACAAAGUUCCACAUAUAAUGCUUUGUGUUAUUUACAUAUGUGACAUGUUUUUCUUUUCCUUUGGCCACUUGGGAAAGUAUUGUCAAGUCCUGCCAGGUUUCCUUCUCACAGUGUGAAGUAAGACCCGAUGUGGAUUUGCGAGUGGGAACUGGAGUCUGGAUUGUGAUUGUGUCUCUGUCUCUCGAUUCUUCUGACCUAGAUCUACAGUUUAGCAACUGCAUUAACUAAAUAACAACCUUAAUGACCAAGAUGAGUUCUUUUUAUUUGCUUAUGACAAUGGAGCAUAUUGUUCUCCGGAUUUUAAAUAGCCAUUGGUGAAGAUAAAACAUUUCAAAACAGAUGGGAGCCUGCGGGUAGCAUCUCACGGUUUGUUUUAUUUAAGAUACCUGGCUGCAGUCAAAUGUAAGCAGUCAGGGAAUACAGGAACUAUGCUUUGAUUUUGUGCCAAAAUCUAGUUUUCGGAAUCCAAAGUCUAAAAUGUGAAAUAUAUGCUGUAGCUGAUAUGUUUGGGACAUCUAGUGGUCAGUUGAAAACAUGCUGUCGCCUGCAUCGUCAAGUCGUAUAACUGUCCAAAUAACUUGGACAGUUAUUUGAUGAAAGCCCAAAUCCUUUGAGUCAAUUCAAAGUUGAUGUUGACACCUUUUUAAAAAGCAAUAUUGUGUAUUCAGACACUUUACUGCUCUAUUCUCUAUUGCCAUCACUUAAUUCUGCACUUUAAUUAGACAUUACAUAUGUUUUAUAAUUUUGUGCUUUUUUAUAUAUUUUUUAAAUGUUUGCAAUGCUUCUUAUCAAUACUUUUUAUGUUUCUUUUACUCCUGUAAAGCACAUUGAAUGUCUUUAAUUAGUAAUUACAUUUUGAAAAUUUUACUUAUGCUUUUUCUUUUACUAAAAGUAAACAUGUUGUUUCACAUGAGGUUCCAACCCUGGUUUAUGUCUCAGCAAUUGGCCCUGCCAAAAGAUUUAGGAUUUGACGUUUUAUUGCAUUCAUGUCAAAACAUUAAUACCUUUCAUAUAUAUAUACACACACACUACACAUUUGCAUUAGGCUGGUCUGUGUUCAUUUGGCACUAACCUGUCUGUAUUAUUAUUAUUAAAGUUAUAUCACAUAUCUUCA